AUGUUUUCCCUUUACCUACUGUCUUCUUUGUUUGCUUCAGUGCUUGUCGGCAACGUAAAUUGUUUCCCUCAGCGGUUGACUUUUGAACUCCCUGACAAGGAAACAUUUUGCUUUUAUGAGGACUUAGAGAAGGCGGAAUCAUACGAAUUAAUGUUUCAAGUCCUCAGUGGCGGUUUGAACGAUGUUGAUCUUGUCAUCAGUGAUCCAGAUAAAGUUAAAAUUGCCGAGAAGUCUAAAAGUACUCAUGAAAACAUAAAGUUUUCGGCAAGCAAAUCCGGAAGUUUUUCCUUCUGCUUCGGAAAUCAAUUUUCCUCUGUGUCGCACAAGGUUGUAUUAUUCGAGCUUCGUUCUCAGGACUCUCUAAACGAAGAAGCCGGUUUACCUGCCCCAAAUCCCGGCCCCCAAACUGCUCUGCAGGCUCUCACAGAGAAUAUUCACGAGCAUUUAUCUGUAGCUGAAGAUUAUCAGACAGAACUUCGUGCGAAAAAAAUGUCAGAUCGUCUGUUUGUUGUCGACCUCAUGGACCACAUAACACUAUGGAGCGGAGUUGUAUCCAUCCUCAUUGUUCUCACUGUUUUUGCCCAAGUUACCAUCUUGAAGGGAUUUUUCAAAGAUAAGAAGUUAGUUUAUUCUUCUCGCACCUCCACGUUUUAA